AUGCCUACUAAGGAUAAGGAACCGAUGGAGCAAUCUGAAGAAGCAAUAGAAAAGGACCAACAGACAGUUUCAGAUAAUCCACAGCUUAAGGCAAAUGUUCCUAGCACUUCACUGACACCUCUGGUCCCCUUUCCUCAAACAUUACAGAAGACCAAAUUGGAGAAGCAAGCUAUGAAAUUCUUGGAAAUCCUCAAAAAGUUGCACGUCAACAUCUCAUUCAUUGACGCUAUUCUUCAAAUCCCAAACUAUUCUAAAUCGCAGACUAAAAAGAGGAAGAUGCCCGAGCAUGAAAUAAUAACACUAUCUGAAGAGUGCAGCGUGAUCAUCCAGCACAGGAUCCUUCCCAAACUUAAAGAUACAGGGGGUCUCACUCUACCGUACUCCAUAGGAAACUUACAAGGUAUUAAUUGUUUAAUUGAUUCGGAAGCAAGUAUUAACUUAAUUUCUUUGUCUCCUUACCGAAAAUUGGGAUUGGGAUAUCCCAAAGCGGCUUCUAUCAUCCUUCAGUUGGCGGAUCGAACAUUGAAACAUCCCUAUGGAAUAGUCGAGGACAUGCUCAUCAAGAUGGGAGAAUUUAUUUUUCCAACUAACUUUAUCAUUCUCGACAUAGAAGAGACAUCCCAAAUUCCAAUAAUACUAGGAAGGCCAUUCCUGUCAACAAGUCGGGCAUUACUUGAUUUUGAUACAAACGAGAUAGUCCUGAAGGUGGAGGAUAAGCAACAAAGCUUCACCAUGGAGAAUUCAAUCAAGCAACCAUCAUAUUUUGAGGAUUGCCAACGAGUUGAUCACUGGGAGAGUUACAAAGGCCGAGCCAAAUGUAAGUGGAAUUAUUGGAACAUGAUGUCGCAAAACACUCAAACCAACAUAGACCAAGGAGAAAACAUGAUGAAGGAGAAUAUCUAA